UUUUUUUUUUUUGUAUGAGGCUAUUGUUGUCGUCUGUCAGCUAGACGAGAACUGGCAUAGAUACUUAGCUAGCUGAAAGGAAUUCUCAAUGAGUAUUUAAUAUAUUGACAACCACACAUAUCACCUGUUAAAAUGAAAAAAGGAGGAACGCACCGUUGGGCCUAACUGCUCUGACCUGAGGGAGCUGAGUCUGCUCCCCCCAUAAUCCCUUUGACCACUGACUCUUGACCCCUGGACGGUGUAACCAUGACAACGGGGGAGUGUUGCCACCUCCCGGGCUCCCUGUGCGACUGCACUGGCAACGCUGGCCUGUCCAAAAGUGUGGAGGAGUCGGAUAACUGCAGAGCACAGUAUGUCACCCAGGUCACAGCCAAAGAUGGGCGGCUGCUCUCCACCAUCAUCAAACCUUUGAGCACACAGAGCGAUGGGCCAAUCUGCCGGAUCUGCCACGAGGGGGCCAACGGCGAGGGGCUUCUGUCCCCUUGCAACUGCACAGGGACUCUGGGCACGGUGCACAAGAGCUGCCUGGAGAAGUGGCUCUCCUCCUCCAACACCAGCUACUGUGAGCUGUGCCACACAGAGUUCACCAUUGAGCGCAGGCCCAAGCCCCUCACAGAGGUAACAAAGUGGCUGCGGGACCCGGGCCCUCGUACCGAGAAGCGCACGCUGUUCUGUGACAUGGUGUGCUUCCUGUUAAUCACGCCCCUGGCGGCCAUCUCUGGCUGGCUGUGUCUGAGGGGAGCCCAAGACCACCUGCACUUCAACAGCAGACUGGAGGCCGUGGGCCUCAUCGCCCUCACCAUCGCCCUUUUCACCAUCUACAUCCUCUGGACUCUGGUAUCCUUCCGCUACCACUGUCAGCUCUACUCUGAGUGGAGACGAACCCAUCAGAAAGUACGCCUGCUCCUUCCCGACGCAAAGGGGCGGCAUUCUACCCAGCAUUCCUUGCUCUCCACCAAGCUGCUGAAAAAGACAGCAGACGAGACCAUAGUUUGAGGUCAAAGGUGGGAAGGUUGAAGUUGGUGUUCUUCGUGUGCUGGAGGUUCUCAAUGAAAAACCACGUCUCCAACCAGAGCCCAAGCACUUUAUCUCUUUUUCUAUUAAAAUCAUUUUUUACCUACGUGUAUCAUCAUCGUCAGCACUUCGUUUUCCGCCCUUUUUUAUUUUGUCGUGUGAGCCUCUGAUGGUGUUUUUAGUGAUCUGGUAAAGAAACCAGUAUGUUAGAGGCCAGUGAUUACCGUGCAGUAUGGUGUUUCUGAAGGUUUUGAGAAGGGCAGUUGAUUGGAUGGGACUUCGCUGGGCACUGCAAAGGGACGACCAAGGACUCAUUGGACAGAUGCUCAGUGGAGACGGCUGCUGAAGCUUUAAGACCAAACUCUCUAGUGUUUAAGUGGACAAUUCCCUCUUUCUCCUCCCUAAUUUUCAUUUCAGUCCUUCACAGCCGACUCUAAAAGUGUAGCAUGGAUCGUUGCCGCUGAUCUAACUAAGGCGAUCCAUCCAGCGGUUGGUUCCCUAACCACUGAGUGUAGAAGUAAGAAGCUUAAAGCUUUGAUUCCUGUUUACCAGCCACAGGCUAUUAGACUGGGGGGAUUAUAGAUGCUUAUGACAUUUCUACGCAAGCCAGUUGACUCCCUUCAAUUCAACUCCAUCUGUUUUCCCCCUUGGUGUGAGCAGGAAUGUUGUUAAUAAAGAUGGAGAUUGUGCAAUAAAACACUGGACACAGUUUCCUCUCACAGUACGUGAUGAGACUGCUACCAACAUGCACAGUU